UCUCUGCAACCUCGGAGGGGGUCGGAAUGCCACAGUAGAGGCUGAAUAUUGAGAAGAGGGCAGAUACUACAAGAUCUUGGAGACAUCCGAGUCUUAACAGGGACUUUCCAACAUUCCAAACUGCUGCCCUACAAUGAAGCUCUGAGUCACUGACCCGAGUACUGGCAACAAUGUGGACGCCCAGGACAGCCAGCGUCAGGCGCCGUCCGUGUAAGCAGCAGCCCAGAGCUAGUGUGGCCUGAAACUCCAGCAAGCGCUAGAGUUCAUGGAAAGAGGAAAGGAAAGGAUUCCCAGCCAAUCACAACGACCUUUCUGCGGUUCCAAGGAGCCCACCUUCCUUAUCCAUCAGGCUGACCUGCCUAGAGAUUCCCACUCGACCCUUCUGCCAGAAAUACAUUGUGGACGUCACACGGAAAACAGAAAGACCAACACUCAGAAAAGGAGACCGGGAACCGUGAUACUAUCAAAACGCCCAAGUAGAAUUAUGUCAGGAAGCCAGCCUAGCCCUCCUGUGAUCCCUCCCCGCAGACCGGGGUUCCGGAUAUGCUACAUCUGUGGCCGAGAGUUUGGGUCCCAGUCACUUGCCAUUCACGAGCCCCAGUGCCUGCAGAAGUGGCGCAUUGAGAACAGCAAACUGCCCAAGCACUUGAGGAGGCCAGAACCCUCCAAACCACAGCCCAUUGGUGGUGGUAGUGGCUCCUACAACCUUCAGGCAGCCAACGAGGAGGCAUUUCAGAGCGCACAGGCUCAGCUGCUCCCCUGUGGCAACUGUGGCCGCACAUUUUUGCCAGAUCGUCUCCUGGUUCACCAGAGAAGCUGCAAACCAAAGGGUGAGAAUCCCAGAACACCAGACACAGAUGGUCCUGAUGUUUCUACUGGUCUCAAGAAAGCUUCUAGCAGCAUCCCAGCCCGACCAAGGACUCUCAUCUGUUACAUCUGUGGUAGGGAAUUUGGCACACUGUCCCUUCCUAUCCAUGAGCCCAAAUGCUUGGAAAAGUGGAAGAUUGAGAAUGACCGGCUCCCUAGAGAGCUGCGUAGGCCACUGCCCCAGAAGCCCAAACCCCUUCCAACUGGACAGCCUAGCCAAGAAGGGGCAAGUGUAGCUGCGCUUGUACCUUGCCCAAACUGUGGCCGGACCUUUGCCCCAGACCGCCUACCUGUACACCAGAGAAGUUGUAAAUCUCAACCCAACGGGCAAAAAUUUCCAGAUUCGAACUUAGAAAGGAAAAGUGAACCAAAUGUACCCACCAAUUCCAAGCAACAAAGGAACGUGGCAGCAGGAAAUGAGGACAAGGUAACUGGUGUGGUUAGGAUAAAGUAGGUGGACUGGGGACAUAACGCAUCUUCAAAGGGAUGAGAGAAUUGUUCCCAGAGCCAGCCACCUCAGCCCCAAGGAUGGUUUCUCUCAAAGCCUUACUGUGUCUCAAGGCAGUCUGUCCAAGUGGAUCUCCUUUUGAACUCCAGGGGCUGUGUCUUUUUUGGCAAAGCAGACCUAACAACAACACACUUGCCUGGUUGGUUCAUAAUCCUCUCCAGUCCUACAGCCUAAAAGAGAUGGACCUUUUUUUCCCCUCUGAUCCCUCAUCCCAAUAAUCCCCGGGAGAGACUGUUACUUAAAAUGAGUCAUUAAUGCUGUGUCUACAUUACAGAGAUAUAAUUCCCAUUCCAACA